UUUGGAUUUUGGAGCUAAACUAACUAAAAAACGUUAUCCCAUUAUCUACUCUCAUUCUCUUGUGGCAAUGGCGCAACUGGCAAGUGCCUUACUCUCUCAUGGCACUUCCCCUUUCUUCUUCUCUUCAUCCUACCCCUAAACCUUCUCAAACCCCAAAACCCAUUUCUUCUUCUCCACAAUUUUCUCUUACCAUAAACCCUAAAACUCUAUCCUUCAAGAGAGAUUUCCUCUUCCAAUCAAUCUCUCUCUGCAUUGCUUCUCUAACCCUUAAUCCCUCUACUGCUCUAUCUGCAACUGAUACUCCUACAAAAUCUAUUCUUUCCAGCAUUUCCAACACUAAAUCGUGGUUUCAAUUCUAUGGAGAUGGAUUUUGCAUUCGUGUUCCUCCCCAGUUCGAGGACAUUAUGGAACCUGAGGAUUUUAGUGCUGGACAGUCCCUUUAUGGAGAUAAGGCAAAGCCAAAGACAUUUGCUGCACGGUUUGCAUCCCCUGAUGGGUCUGAGGUAGUGAGUGUUAUAAUCAAGCCCACCAACCAACUGAAAAUCACCUUCCUAGAGGCUCAAGACAUUACUGAUUUAGGCUCUAUAAAAGAAGCAGCUAAGAUUUUCAUUCCAGGUGGGGUAUCAAAACUGUACUCUGCACGAACUAUAAAAAUAAAAGAAGAUGAAGGUUUCAGGACAUAUUAUUUCUAUGAGUUUGGCAGAGAUGACCAACAUGUUGCACUUGUAGCUGCUGUUAGUAGUGGGAAGGCAUUUGUAGCUGGAGCAACUUCACCAGAGUCAAAGUGGGAUAACGAUGGUGUUAAACUCCGCAGUGCUGCCUUGUCGUUGACACUGUUAUAGGUUCUCUUUCGGGCACUUAGCUUUCAUUUUGUUUUUUUUGGCCGACAUGAUAGGCUGAGGGAAGGGGAGGGUUAGGUGAGAUUCGAUCCCAUGACCUUGCCCGGAAAAUGCGAUACUUGUUCCAACUGAGAAAAUACCCAUUCUCAGCUUUAGUUAUGUUCAAUAUAACCUCAGCAUUGUUAUUUAUUGGUGGUGUAAAUUGUAAAACAUCAUAAAAGUCUCAAUUCAAAACACAAUAAUUUAGAAUAGCUUGUUAAUUUCUGUGUAGUAUUGUAGUAAUGCUGGUUAUGUUUACUACUUAUCAUUUUUUAAAUUUUUACAGAUUUUGUUUUAAAAACAAUAUAUAUUGUUAGUUUUUAUGUUAAAUAAAUGGAUCACAUGUGGUUUAAUUCGGAAAGCAGUUAAUAUAGUGAAAUUUAUA